UUUAAUAAGAUUAUCAAAAAAAAUAUAUAAUGUCGGAGAACAACAAGGAGUUUCCAAAGCCGAUUAAAUUGAUUCCUAUGUUGAUCCCUAAGCCUUGCUACAGUCAUAAUUCCGGGGAUGCUACAACUACGGCCGCAAGAAACCUAAUCCCAAUAUUGAGGCCAAUGUCUAAUCAAAGCGAUGCCAUAGCUUACAUUCCUCUAGAACCUUCAACAAGUUCUACAAACGCCAUUCUAAACGAAGCCCCGGUUCAGUUGCCUCAAGAACCUCCCAUAAACGUAAACCAAAACGAAAUCCAGGUUCACUUGCCUCAAGAACCUCCCAUAAACGUUAACCAAAACGAAGCCCCGGUUCAGUUGCCUCAAGAACCUUCCACUAACGCCAUUCAAAACGAAGCCCAGGUUCACGAGCCUCAAGACCCUCCCAUCAACGUUAACCAAAACGAAAUCCGGGUUCACUUGCCUCCAGAAUCUUCGAAAAGUUCCACUGCUUCUUUAUUGACUAAUCCUAAUGAAAAAAGGCUAAAACCUGCUAAUGUGUAUAUAUUCAAUCAUGUAAAGUUUGACGAUCGGGAUCAAGAACGCGAGGGUAGUGACAAGGAUGUGGAGAAAUUAACGAAAACUUUCAAAAAAUUUAAAUGCAACGUGGAGAAAAUACGUAACGCCACUUUGGAAACAGUUCAAAUAACUGCAAGUAGAUUGGAGAGGGAGAACUUUGAGGAACAUUCUGCCUUGGUUAUUGUUGUUCUUAGCCACGGUGGCCAAAACGAAACAAUUAUGGCCAAAGAUGGAGAGUACUCGCUGCACAAAGAUAUACUCCAUCCAAUUUUAAAAAAUCAGACUCUGAACGAUAAACCGAAGAUAUUCUUCGUUCAGACUUGCAAAGGAAAAAUUAUAGGAUAUAGAACGGACUCCACUUCUAGUCCAAGCGAUGUUUACAUAUGCUAUAGCACUUUUGAAGGUUUCGUUUCCUGGCUUCACCGCAUAAAUGGUUCAUUUUUUAUACAAACUCUCUGUGAGGUUUUAGAGAAAGAUGGAGAGACCAAGGAUAUUGAUGCCAUAAUGGGAAAAGUCAUAGCUACGGUAAAAAAUACAAGAAUAAUACAAGACGAGCAGCAGAUUCCAUCGGUUACCACAACAUUGACACAAAAAUACUGUUUUGGAGAUUAUAUGCACAAUUAUUCAUAAUCAUUGAAAUGUGGCCAAAAUAAAUACCUUUUAAUACCUUUGCAAAAGAGGAUAUAUUUAUUAUGAUCAGAAGUGUGCAACGAGGCCAAAAUUAUCGUUUUAGUUUCAUAUUUCAAAGUAUUUAUGCCAUUACAAGAAACGAUAACAUUAAAGUAAAGUAAAUGAUA